AUGUUUUCGAAAGAAGGCGAAACAACUGGGUUUGUUGUAUGCAUCGAUGAGCUCUCGAAGCUUCGUCAACUCAAUCCAGACGAAUACCCAAAACUUAUGGAUGGACUACUGUCAUUUUCUCAAUACACAAUUGCCAACGGCGGCUACUUUGCCUUUGUGGGAAGUUCGUUGUACAUCUAUGAUUUUGGAGAAGUGGUGCUCCAAAGAUCUGGAAGAGCGAUACGACAAAUCAAGUUUCCGUCAAAUCCAGACACGAUGGAGAACAAAACAAGAGCAUUUGUCAUUGCAUCGCAGGUUUUUGCCGGUGCAGUGGCCAGGGUGGACGAAGAACACUUCUUUCUCAAAGUGGCACUUCAGGUUGCCCGGAGCAGCCCGCACAUGUCCUAUUGGUUGACAGCGGCAGAAAGUCAAACAAAGGUCUCGAUUCCUCAGAAGAAUACCAGACGGUAUUGA